AUGGACAAGUGGGCACCCAUGGCCCCAUCAAAACCCGGUGGGCCAUCGGCCCCCGGUGUCUUCUCAUCAUUCGGCUCAGUCCUCAAGCCCCACAAGGCUGGCCCAUCCACCUCGGCAGCAGCACGCGCGCGUGCCGGUCGUGCCGGGCCCCGCGUCGGACGGUGGCCAGAGGACAUUGUUGUCCGUAUCGUCGGCUUCCUCCCCGUCCACGACGUACCGGCGUUUGCGCGUGCGAACCGCGCUCUGGCACGCAUCGCCCGCGACGAAGGUGCUUGGGAGGCCAGGUGUCGUGCACUCGGCAUUACAGAAACAGACAAGGAAGCACCAGCACCGCCACCACCCACGUCGCAGCCGACAAAUAACAACAACAAUGCUUCUCCAAGCCAUGCUGGCAGUCUUACCCGAAAGCCCAGCGCAUCCAACAAGCGGCUGAGCGUUAGCAGCCCACGCAUGAACGUUGGCCGCGUCUCCGUCGACGACGACUGGGGAGACUUUGGUGAGGCUGGCAACGGUGACGGUGUCUUUGAAGACGUCGAGUUUGGCGACUUUGCCAAGCCGUCCGUGCCCGCCAAACCUGCCGAGAAGAACCUCAUGGACUUUGGAGACAUGCCACUUCCGUCACGGCCUGGAGCUGCGGGGCGGACGACGGGCUUCUUCGCCAUCGCACCGCCCUCCGCAACGCCAGCCGCGUCCGCGGCGGCAGCAUCGCCCCCAGGCGCAUGGUACCGGACGUACCAGCGCCGUCACGGCGAGCUGGUCCCUCACUGCGUGCACUUGCGCAACAGCCCCAGUCCCUCGUCGACUCUGUCUCUCCUCUUCCCACCCAACCCCCAGACUGCCCUCCCACCCAGCCUCGACGAGCAAGGAGACCUCCUGCUCGCUCUGAUCCGUUUCCUCUCCCCCUUUCUCCAGCCGCUCCACGACUGGGGAUUUCUUCGCCAGGCCCUCCUGUCCGCCGCCGACCGCUUUGACUCGACAUGUCUCGUCGCGUUCGAGGGCGCCGACUCGCGCAAGGACGAAGCAGGCAUGCGCUCGGCUGCCGAGGCGAGCUGGAAGGUGUGGGAGGCCGGAGGCGGCAGGCGAGAUGAGUGGGAGUGCGGAAGGGUGUGGGUUGAGAAGCGCGAGGUGUUUUACGAGACGGGCAAGUGGGACGCAACAGAGAACAUUAUGAAAGUGCCGGCUCCAUCGGGAACGGCUAUUGUUCGCGAACUCGACUUUACCCCGAUGGACGCGUUCAUGGCCCACGUCCUCGAAUCGUUCCGCCAGGACGCUACCACUGCGGUGCGCGUCUUCCCUGCUGGUGCUCGCGUCGUCCUCUCAUUUGCCGACCAUGUCACAAUGGACGUCAUUGGCGAGUACAUCAACACGCUUCUGGGCCAGACCCGCAUCAUGUCGCCUGAGCUGUCGCUCCGUGCGUCGGCAGCCUCGUUUGUCCAAGCGUGGAAAAUGGUCGAUGUGGCGAUGGAGGUUCUGGGCGAAAAGCAGACCGAGAUCCCGCACGCCCGGAUCGAGCAGCUCGUCUACACCAUGUUCGAGCCCCACAUGGACGAGUACCUCGACGACGAGACCGAGUGGGUCAAGGGCGUGCUCGACGGCAUCUGCAACGCGUGGGACGCCGAGCUCGGAACCGACACCAAGGGCGCUGGCCGCCACCAUGCAGGCCAUCACUCGACGGGACCCCAGUUCCUCAGUUCCCAAAACCCCGACCAGGUGAAGCGCAAUGUGCUCGCUGGUUUCCGCGACGUUCUUCUCCUGCCCGUCACCAUUGUGCCCCGCACAGUCACCUUUGCAGGCAAGGCCAUUGUCUCUGGUUCGACACAGGCAGUGGCCGGCCUGUCCAUGUUGAACCCCCAGAAAUGGGCCAUGGGCACGACGACGGAUAAGGGUACACCUGGCAAGAUGGUCAAUGGCGAAGUCGUCUUUGACGUCCCCGUCGCCGAGCCCGAGGAUGAAAAGGAGGAACAGAGGGACGAGGUGGACGAGCUCACCGACGCGGUGGACACGCUCCAGGUGCCCGGCGCUGCCAAUGGGGGUGGUGCUUCCGGUUCGGUGUCUGGCGCUACCACGCCCGACAUUUCCACGGCCGCUGGCUCGGGCGCCGCCACCCCAGCCGCUGGGGCCGACGGCUUUGCCAACCUCCAGCUGCUCGUGUCGCUCGACACGGCGCUCGAGCUCAUCCACGGUGACCGCGACGCGCUCAAGCGUGCCGAGACGUUUGCAAAGUAUCCCGGCAAGUGUGGCAGCAAGGUUGUCGACUGUAUCGAGGAGAUUUUCAUUCUUGCCCUCAAGGCUAUUGGCGACAGGCAUAUUGCUCCUGGUUUCAAAAUUGCGACUGAGCAAAUGCUCACGUACAAGCCUGCGGAGCAAGGCGACGGUACAUCUGUUGCCCCGCUCCUCCAGUUCUUUGAGCUUGUCCACGUCGGCGACACGAUCCAGAGCAUGACACAAGUCUACUUUGACAAGGAGAUUGCGCAGUAUGUGGACAAGACCGACUUUCUGAACCCCGUCAUGCGCGAGAAGAAGCGCUUUGAAGGUGUUCUGGACGACGCCGUCGCCGCCGGCCUCAAUGCCGGCAUCGAGGUGUUGAUGCACCAGGUCGAGCACAUUAUUGUGGUCAAGACUGGCCCGCGCGAGUACUACCCGGAACCUGGAGCGCCCAUGGAGCUGGGCGCGACCGUCGGAUGCCAGGAGGCCAUCAAAUGUCUCGAGAUGCACUGCAACCUUCUCAAGGGCAGCACUUCCAAGGAGGUGCUCGAGGUCUUCUACCAGGAGGUCGGCAUCCGCUUGCAAGGAAUCCUGCAACGCCACUUGAAGCGCCAGAUCAUCUCGCUCGAGGGUGGUUUCCAGAUCAUCGCCGACCUGAACACGUACCAUGCCUUUGUCCAGUCGCUCAAGCAGCAGCGCAUCACGGACGACUUUGCAAACCUCAAGAUGCUCGGACACGUGUUUAUCGUGUCGGAUGCAAAGGACUUGGCGCAGAUUGUGCGCGACGUGACACGCUACGGCGGGACGUUUACACCUGAAGAGUGA